ACUCGCGUCGAGAUCGGUUGCGUUAUCCAACUCCACCGUGCGUUAUUUACCUUCUCGCAGUGCUUUAAGCUCACGCUCUCUGGUGCUCUUCCGAAGUCCGAAAGGCAGGUGCCUGUUUUUAUUAGCAAACCGGGUGAUCAAUGCAUACAUAUAGAACGUUUUCAGAUCACUCCUUGACUUAGUUAAUAUUUGGCCACGAAAUGUUUCCCAACCAGAACAACGUAGCCGCUUCUGGGUCGAAUCCAGCGGCUGAUGGCCAACAGAGCCUCAACUACAACGGACUGCCCGCCCAGCAGCAACAGCAGCAGCAGCAACAACAACAGCAGCAGCAAUUGUCACAGUCCACGAAAAAUGUGCGAAAGAAAAUGUAUGUGAAGAUCACCGAGCAGCCGGCCGGAAAGGCCCUGCGAUUCCGCUACGAGUGCGAGGGUCGCUCGGCGGGUUCCAUUCCGGGUGUGAACUCCACCUCGGAGAACAAGACCUAUCCGACCAUCGAGAUUGUGGGCUACAAGGGACGCGCCGUGGUGGUCGUCUCCUGUGUCACCAAGGAUACGCCGCAUCGUCCCCAUCCGCACAAUUUGGUGGGCAAGGAGGGCUGCAAGAAGGGCGUCUGCACACUGGAGAUCAACAGCGAGACGAUGCGAGCCGUGUUCAGCAAUCUGGGAAUCCAGUGCGUCAAGAAGAAGGACAUUGAGGCAGCGCUCAAGGCGCGCGAGCAGAUCCGCGUGGAUCCUUUUAAGACUGGCUUCUCGCAUCGUUUCCAGCCCUCGAGUAUUGAUUUGAACUCGGUGCGAUUGUGUUUUCAAGUAUUUAUGGAGACCGAGAAGGGUCGCUUCACCUCGCCUUUGCCACCGGUGGUUUCCGAGCCAAUAUUCGACAAGAAGGCCAUGUCCGAUUUGGUCAUUUGCCGGCUGUGCAGCUGCUCGGCCUCCGUCCUGGGAAACACACAGAUCAUCCUGCUGUGCGAGAAAGUGGCCAAGGAGGACAUCUCCGUGCGAUUCUUUGAGGAGAAGAACGGCCAAAGUGUUUGGGAGGGCUUUGGUGACUUUCAGCACACCGAUGUGCACAAGCAGACUGCCAUUACCUUUAAGACGCCCCGUUAUCACACCCUGGACAUCACGGAACCCGCAAAGGUGUUUGUCCAACUGCGUCGUCCUUCGGACGGGGUUACCAGCGAGGCGUUGCCCUUCGAGUACGUGCCAUUGGAUUCAGGUAAACACACGUUCUGGAAUCUUCAUCGGCACCUCAAACGGAAGCCCGACGAAGAUCUAUUUCAGCAGGUCCUCAGGUUGGACGCCAAGCGGGAGACGCCGGCGCCAACGAUUGAGGUCAUCGAUUUGGAUACACCGAAGUUGGAGGUGCAGCAUCAGCUGCCCGUAAAUGCGGACUACAAUCAACAGGAAUCUCAGCCAGAGAAUAUAGUUUUUCAGCCAGAGCAAUCUUUACAGCAGGAGCAAUAUCCACAAGAACAAUCUUUGCAACAAGAGCAAUAUUUGCAGCAGGAACAAGAGCAAUCUUUCCAGCUGGAUGAACCCAUGCAGCAGGAGCAGUUUGUGCAUCAGGAACUGCAGAAACAGCAAUCCUUGGAUCAGGCCUCGGAUCAUUUGCCCGAUCACACCUCGGAUCACAUUCCCGAGGAUAUGGAGGCGGCCGAUGCCGUGGCAGAAGCCGAGGCUCAUCGCCUGCGAUCCGAGCAGGAGAAAGAGAUCGAUCACAUAAUCGAUGAGAAGGUGCGGGAGCUGGAGCAGCUGGAACUUGGUCAGCACUUGGAGCCACGUCCCCUGACGGCCAACGACAAGAUCACCGAGUGGAUGAAGUCCAGCGAGAUUGAACAGCAGGUCCAUGAACCAAGUCCCACGGCCGAAGAAGAUGUUUUGGAUUCUGCCCUUGAGAUAUCCAAGACCGAUAAAACCCUUGAUGAACUUUUGGAAACGGUGGCCGAGUUGGAUGAGAUCUACACGGACUUUAAAGUGCAACGCGAUACGUACAAUAAUACGAUUCAAAACGAGUUGGCUGGCGUCGAGGGACGUGCUCCUCUGCAGGUGGAGGAUAGCUUCGAUGAUGCUGCCACCUACACCAGCCUGCAGAUUGCCUUCAAGAAUCCCGUUCUCAUACCCAUGGAUGAUAUAAUGCCACCAACGCCGCCCAUGUCGCAAUGCGCACCCGAAGAUGCCCAUCAGCAUUACGAUCCCGUUGAGGUUAACUCACAAUCCCAAAAGCCGGAGACUCCAAUGCGACCAGUUCCGCCAGUGCCGCCGGCAAUUCUCACCGUUCCAUUUCCGCCGGAGGAGGAGAAGCUGCCGCCGUUGCCGCCGAAGAGGAUUCGCAAGCAGGACAGCAAUGCGGAGAAUCGCUCGAUUGAGGCCAAUACCGUUCAAUCCCGGCCAUCGACGGCUGAAUCGCCGCUCAAUAAGCGACUCCCGCCCGCUCCGAGUCCCAAGAAUCCGAACUUCAAUACGCUGCCGCGGCAGAAGAAGCCGGGAUUCUUCUCGAAGCUCUUCUCGCGGCGCAAGAGCAAACCGGACUUGGCCCAGGGACAUGGACAGGAGAGCAGCUCCCAGCUGGACUCCAAGGCGAACAGCCGGGAGCCGAGCAUUGGGCACUUCAACAUGCAGGAUCCGAUGCGGGCCUCCCUGCGCUCCUCCAAGUCGGCGGCACCCUUCAUCUCCACCCCGGCACCGGCCAAGUCCAGUCCGGUGAAGGCCAAGAAACCCGGAUCCAAGUUAACCAAGCCAGUGGGCCGGAGUGUGAGCAGUGUUUCCGGAAAGAGACCAGCUUACCUGAACGCCGAUGUGGUGCACAUACCGCUGAAAGGUGACAGUGCCAACAGUUUGCCACAGAGGAACGAGGGCUACUCGCAAUCCAGUACGAUUUCGGUGGGAGCUGGACUGGAUAGACGCACUGCAUCCGCUUUGCAACUGGCUGACAUACCAAUCAGCGAAGGUGGAAUGGAACUGGUGGCCAUCGCCGAUCGCCAGAGUCUGCACAAUUUGGUCAGCUCCAUCGAGGGCCACUUCAAUGUCCAGCUCGAUCCCAAUCUGGAUCUCACCGAGGCCGAGCACUUUGCCCUGUACACGAGUAUUCCGCCACUUGCGGCGGCCAGUGAAUUCGAUGAGACCUCCGCCUACUAUGCACCCGUGGAUGCCGGCGAGAUCCUGACGCCCGACGAGGUGGCCAAGCGACUGGCGGCGGCAAAUGGCCUCUAAAUUUGUUUCAAUUGUUAU